AUGGAUGGUGCUCCAGGUCAACAAGGACCAGAAGGACCAGCUGGACCAACCGGAAAGGCAGGCAAACCUGGUCCAAUGGGACCACCAGGCAAAGAAGGCACGCUCGGACAGAAGGGACCAACUGGUGAAAAAGGUAUCCGAGGCAAGCAAGGUCCACCUGGCCCACCAGGUCUUCCUGGCAUGGACGGACCAGCCGGAAAGGACGGUCCCACAGGACCCCAAGGUCCUAAGGGCAAGAUUGGUGAAGCAGGCCGACCAGGCCGUGACGGUCCAGCAGGUCCGGCUGGCGACCCAGGCAACGAUGCUCAAUAUUGCCCGUGCCCGCCUCGAACACAGGCCAAGAAGAGGUUCCAUCACUGA